CGGAUGGUAGCUGCCACAGGACAGAUGAUGGAACUAUGAAAUCAGGCUUUGCUGUGGUUAAAUUACAGAAUGAUCAAUUGGUCACCAUACAAUCUGGAACCCCUAAUUGGCAAACAAUCUGCACAAAAAGCAGAACUAUUGGCCCUAAUCAAUGCAUUGAGACACUCAAAAGGACAGUCUGUCAACAUCUACUCUGAUUCUGCAUAUGCAGUGUCCACAGCCCACGUGGAGCUGCCUGUGUGGAUCAGAUGUGGAUUCACAACUUCUUCUGGCCGGCCUAUUACUCAUGAGAAAGAAGCAAGAGAGCUCUCUGAAGCCAUAAUGUUGUCAAACAAAGUGGCUUUUAUCAAGUGCACUGGUCAUUCUCAAGGAACUGACCUAAUAUCAAAAGGGAAUGAAGCAGCAGACUUGGCGGCAAAAUGUGCCUCAGACUACCUACAGGGUCAGUUUGUGGUGACAUCUGAGCCAGAUGUGACUUCCCUCCUACCAGAAUUCUCGAGAGAAUUCUUAUCUAAGCAGCAAGACAUGGCUGCUCCUGAAGAAAAGUCUGUGUGGAAAAACAAAGGGGCAAUCAGACACGAGGAUGGGCUUUGGACAGCACCUGAUGGUAGAGCUUUGCUCCCAGCGUCACUAGUCCCAAGCGUGUUGAAAGAAGCCCACACACAUGCACACUGUGGUGAUAAGCAAAUGUCGCGAGCAUUGCAAUCAUGGUGGCAUCCUUUUAUGCCACACCUAAUUUCUGGGUACAUAACGACAUGUGACAUUUGUCAGAUGCACAAUGUCAAACCAACUAUGAAACCAUCUCAGGGAUCGUUCCCAUUGGCAAAUGGCCCUGGGGAUGAAGUUAUAAUUGAUUUCACUGACAUGAUUGAAAGGGUAAAUGGUAAACAAUACUUGCUUGUUAUGAUUGAUGCAUAUACAAGAUGGCCAGAGGCCUUCCCGGUGGGCAAGGAAGACAGCACUGCUGUCAUUAAAUGUCUAAUAAACUAUUACAUCCCACGUCAUGGUUUUCCGAGCCGGGUCAGAUCUGACAACGGCUCACACUUCAAAAAUGAACAUCUGGCUGAUGUAGAAAAGGCAUUGGGUUUAGUACACCAUUUCGGGGCAGUCUAUCACCCACAGUCACAAGGUAAGGUUGAGCGGUUGAAUCUAACAUUGAAAAACAAAUUGGCUAAAAUCUGUGCACAGACUAAAUUGACAUGGUUGGCUGCUCUUCCACUGGCUCUGAUGUCAGUAAGGAGCUCUGUGAGUAGGGCAACAGGAUACACGCCCUUUGAACUGUUGACUGGUCGCCAAUUUCCUGGCCCACUGACCCCACUACAAUUGCAACCAGUACAACCGUUAUCACACAAAAUUUACUAUGAAAAAUUGACUGCUCUAAUUGAAUCUUUUGACAAAAUGUUACCAACUGAUUUUAGGGGACACGAAUAUCAAGCACCCCUACCUGACCGAACUUGGGACUGGGUGAUAUUGAGAAUCUACAGGCGUAAAUGGAAAGAGCCUCGCUGGUCUGCUCCAAUUAAGUAAUGUCCGGCGGACCCACCGUCCAGAUCAUUGGACGACACCAGAGUGGACCUUGCUUCGCAGGUCCAAGAGAGGGAGGAUACCACAGGAGGUGCAGGAAGGAGUGAGGGUACCACAAAAGGAGGUGACACACAAACACGUACACACGAUAACAAUUUUCAUCCAUCACAAAGUAACCUACAAACUUUACAGGUGGUCCAUAAAACUGGGGAUUUAUUCACAGCCCCUAAAGGAGAAGCUGUAGCCCAUUGUGUCAGUGCAGACUGUGCAUUUGGAGCGGGCAUAGCGAAAAAUUCAGAGAAAGAUAUAGUGUUGACAAGGUAAAGGCCCAGAGAAAAACAAAAGGUGACUGUGCUAUAACUUACGAGGCAGACAUAAUAGUUUUCCACCUGAUCACAAAAAUGUUUGCCAGAGACCUACCCACAUAUGAGGACUUUGAGAGCAGUCUAAUCUGCAUGAGAACGUGGUGUGACAAAUUACACAUCACCAGAUUGUCAAUACCCCGGCUGGGGUGUGAUUUGGUCAAGUUGGAAUUCUAUAGAGUUCUCCACAUUAUUGAAAAGACAUUUAAAGGCCAAAAUAUAACCAUUUCAGUUUAUACGUUAGAAUAAGUUUACUGUGCUUGCUAUUUUUAUUGUAGCUUUGAUAUUGAUUAUAUAUUAUUUGCUGUUAACACAAUAACGCUGUGAAAAUAAGAUAAAGGAGGACCAGAAUUGAAUAAUAAGAAAAACCAGCAUCAAUAAAACAUGAGGUUCAAGCUGUGGGAAAACUGGAAACUAUUGGGGAUAGUGGGGAUAUUAACACUGAUAAUAGUAGGGACAAUUCUAGAAGUAGGAAAAAGUCAGAACAGGAAUGAAACCUCAACUGUAAAACCAACCAGAGUAAAAGAUCCCUAGGGGAAGAAAACAGAUGUUCCAAGUAUUAUGGAGGGCUGUCCAUAGAAUAUGUAAAGGGAGAGACAACAUCUUACACAUUUGAUCUAUGUCAGGUAAUUGACUGUGGAGGAGACAAUAGUUCGUGGCGAGGAUAUGACGUAUAUGUUUGUUUUGAUCAGACUAUGAAUGCAUGGUGUAACACGAUGGGUAAAGCGGAUAAUAAGUGGUGUAGAGGGUGGGAUCAAGUAGUGGGGUACACAGGGAAAUGGACGCCAAACCCAACAUGGUUAGGGAAUUUUAAAAACGAGUGGAGAAAACUGAAAUACAAAGGGAUUAUAGUGCUACCCAGAACCCUAUAACUAUGUCCAUAAGGGAGUGGACAGGAUACCCCUUAGAUGAGACCCAUUAUGCUGGGAAAAACAAUCCGCCUAAGUUUCUCCAUAUACUAUUAGGAGUUGAGAUAUCAGGAACUGACCCCCUGGGAAUCAUAGAAGUUGAGUUUUUAGAUAAGGUCAAUGUAAUAGAUAGAAACAAGACAACGACUAUAGGACCCCCAAACAGAGAUCAUAGUAGAGAAAUUAGAGGUUGAAGGGUUGUGAUAGAAAUGGAUUAUACCAAAUUAACCCCAGAAGAUAUACUAGAGAAAGCAUAUUAACCCUUUGUGGUGCAAACAGAUUAUCAACAAUGCAGGGGAUAUAAUAGGACCUUGGGCGCGGAGAGGACUAUAUUAUUAUUGUGGAGGGAAAAGAUUGUUUGUAAGAAUAAAAGGGAAAACUACAGAAGGUAUAUGUGCAAUGGUCAGGUUAGCUGCACUAGUCACAAUGAUUGGACAUAAACACCAAAUUACAGCCACGAGACGAGGGAGAAGCUUUGAUCUAACAAUUAAUUGUUGAACCUAUAUAGACUAAAUAGGGAUCCCUUGAGGAGUCCCUGAUGAAUACAAACCAGUAGACCAAAUUGCUGCCGGGUUUGAGAAUAUCCCAAUAAUUUCAGCCCUAUUCCCGGUCACCCCAAGUAAAAUGUGGAUAGAAUAAAUUAUGUGCACUAUAAUGUCAUGAGAUUGGCAAAUCUGACACAAGAUGCCGUAGAAGGAUUAUCAGAACAAUUGGCUCCAACCUCAUUAAUGGCAAUACAAAAUAGAAUAGCACUAGACAUGCUAUUAUCGGAAAAGGGGUGCCAUGUUCCAAGAUUUUUGCUGCACUUUUAUUACCAAUAAUACCGCCCCAGACGGAUCAGUAACGAGGGCUUUAGAAGGAUUAAAAACCCUUUCCAAAACAAUGGCAGAACACUCUGGUGUAAAUACCCCAUUUGAUGAUUGGCUGACCGGUGUGUUUGGAAAAUAUAAAACCAUGUUUACAUCAAUUUUGAUCUCUAUAGCUACAUUUGUGGCCAUAAUAGUGACCUGUGGAUGCUGUUGCAUCCUUUGUAUCAGAACAUUGUGUAACAGGGUGAUAAUAGCAGCAAUUGAAAAGAAAGAUGGAGCUCCACCCCCUUACACAAUGCUUCUGCUGAUAUCUCCAGGAAAUAAUGAUGAUGAGGAGGAGGAAUAUGACUUAUAAAUAUUGUUUUUUCCCAAUAACUGUGCUUCUUUGCAGAGGCUGAUUCAUCACAAGUUAUGUGUUUUCUAGAUAUUGAUGUUUGAGAAAUUUGCUGUUUGAAAAUGUGUUAAGAUUUAAAUUUUGAUUAUUGAAAUGUUUGUAGUCUAGAUAAUUUCAGUGUGAUUGACUCAGCUGACAUGUUGUGGUUGCCCAAACGUCAAUUAGGGGAUCGACUGGGUGCCUUUCCCCACAGGGGUUUUCGGCCCAGUCCAGCCUGAGCACACUGGUUUGUAGGGAAUGUUAUUUUUUAUUAUUAUUAUGUUUUAAGUACUUUUCUUUCUAGUAGUCUGAUAUGAUGUGUCAGGUGAACAUGUGGUGGCUGCCCAUAAGCCAACUAGGGGGCCGCUUGGGUGUCUUUCCUCACAGAGGUUUUCGACCCAAGCUCAUCUGGACAUAUUGGACCAAGAAUUCUGAGAUUUUUUAAGUGUUUAUUAAGUGGUGUGGCCUCUUUUCAGAGGCCAAGAGAGGGAUUGAAGGAUAGCAUUUUUUUUUUAUUGUUAGAUUUUGCUAAACAUUUACUAAUAAAUGCAAACAUAAAGGGUUUCUUCUUUUAAAGGGUUAACAGUGAUAAUGUGUGUACAAGAAAGAGGAACCCAACUUCCUGCUACUGGAGGCCUGCUGCUAAGUGUGUGUGUGAGAGACGUAUAAAAAGCCGGAAGGACAGCAUAAAGGCAGAGAGGCUAAUACAUUAGUACAUCUCUCCUGCGCAGAAAUUGUACUCUCUAACUUCCUGCAUUCAAAAUAAAACUUGUUAAUUUUCAA